AUGGCGGCUGCAGUUGAAAUGAGAACAUGUGGAUCAUGUUGUCUUCAGUUGAAGGAACUCGUGAACAGCUACGAAAAAGAGCUUGGAUUAAAAGGCAAAGAGUUUGAUGGCACUAAAAUUCAUGCCUUUGGAUCACUAAACUUUUACUUGGAGCACAGUAAGUUUAAUGACUUACUGAACAGUAUUAGAUCAAAGUGUAAGAGCUGCACAAGUUGGCCUGAUCCUGCCAAAGCCAUUCGAGCUUCUCAGGAAAGACAACAACAAGUUGAAAACCUUGCACCAGUAAAAAAUUACAUCUCAGAAUGUUUAGACAAGUUGCAAAAUGCCAUGAAAGACAAAUCAAUAAAGGUUGUUGCACAGAGACUUGAAGCCAUCACAAGAAAAGUUGGGUUGAAGUUUAUAGAAAGUGGCAGAGAAUGCUUCAUAAAUUCUGACAUGUUUUAUGUUGAGGUUCGAAUGGCAGCUGAUGGUACAGUUUCAGAAGUGAAAGUGGCACACACUGGAGAUCCUGAGAGUUGCCCUGAGCUAACAAGAGUUUUAAGGGAGGGAGAUUAUAAUGAAUUUUUGUGCCAUUUACAAGGAUUAUGUGAUCUUUAUCAGCUCUCUCGUGACACAUUUCAAAAACCAAAGGUUCUUGCAGCUCUCAAAGCAGUGGAAACCGAUAUUAAUACAAUGGCAGCAUUCUUUGGUACAGAUGUGACUUCCACCGAAGCCAUCACACAAUGUCCUGUCGGCUUUAUCACCCCGAGACAAGGAGGCCGUCGAAUGCGCCUCUGUUAUUUUGCUUCCCCAUAUGAGUUACUGGAUGUCAACAGGCCUGGACAGGAUCGACAUUUUACAAGAGAAGAACCCCCUCCAAGAGACUUUGGUUAUCAAGUUUACGUGUCGCUGGAGCAAUCCCAGGACACAUCUCUUCCAAUCAGUCCACUUAUUACCGAGUCUUGCUACAGCAUGUUGGGACUGGAUGCGAGCAUCAAGUACCAGCCGCUGAAUGACAACAACAGUGAGGAGUUCCAAGCAUCGUUUGUGCUGGAGUUUUGUAAGCCGUUACCAGCAGCGGUAGAGAUCGUUCAGAAGAUUCACGAAGUUAUCAAUAAAACAGGUUCGUUUACCCAUUCUUCAACGGUGCCAAUUGACAGCCUUAUAAUAAGAGAGUGGUUAAAAGAUAGAGGCGUUUCAUCAAGUGACCAUGGGAAUAAUUAUUACGCAAGCUUACCACAGCAUUACCACGUGUAUCAUGUCACAGAGAACCAAUCAUCAGCAGAGGAGCUAGUGCAGCCUUCUGGGAUGGGUCUGUUGCUGUAUAGGAUCGGAUUUACACACCCCAGUCAUAUCCCGGAAAUAAUACCGUUGCUUCGACGUCAAGCCAUGUUCAACACUCUAUUCACGAGCGCAUUAAGAAGCCACAAGCCACUCAAGAAAAAACCCAACAGCGAAGACUACCUGUUUGAGUUAAGAUCAUCUGAGCCAUUCACCUUAACAGUUACUUUUGAACAUCCGUGUACAUCCAGCAUGGCGUCAAUUGAUUUUUUCGUCUCUGAGGAUGACAUGAUCAAAGCUACCCUCACAACAGUGCCUGGAAAACCACUGUUCUGUUCGAAUGAUUACAUUUCCAGAGUCACUCAGAGGUGUCUCUCAAUCCCAGCUGCGAUGCGAUGCAUCAUCAGAAAAGCACAAAGCGUCAAACUAGAGGAACUUCCGGUUAAGGCAAGCGAGGAACUACUUCUUCCUGUCGGUGGGGGGCAACCAUCUACCAAGUUAGCAAGUCUGUCACUCCCUUCCAGUGCCGCUCUGUUCGGUGCGGCGGUUGGAACUCCGUCCAACCCCAACACGCCAGUGUUUCUGGGAACUUCACCGUCGUUUACAGGUUUUAACCUGGAAACACCCUCGCCGACUUUCAGUGCGUUCACGUUUUCUUCAAUAUCUCCUACGUUUUCUUUUAAUACAACGGAUAUUACAGCCGCUGCGGCAGAUUCUCUGACCACGACGGCCGCAAAACAACCCGAGAAGAAGCCUGAAGCCGCAAAAACACCGAACUUGAAGAUAACUCUUAAACGAAAGCGAGACGAUGAAUAUGUCAUUGAGAACUUUCAAUUGCCCGAUGAAGUCCCAAAGAGCGCGGUAAGAACGCCAGUUGGGCAAACGCCAUCGAAAAGCAAAGAAACGCCCGAUCCGGAGUCAAUGGAAGGAGACAACUUCCCUUUUGAUCUCGCUGCUGUCUCCGGAGCUAACUUCACUAUGGGGACCACAUUCCCGGAUGUAAGUGCUGGGUUAGAUGGUUCAGUGGUCGUGGCUGCAGGUAGUUCCACCGCUGGUCAACAUGUUGGUUUGGCGGGCGCAGACUCUUUAGCUGCUGCAAGCGGGCUAGGGAUCGUUUCCGCGGGAAUUGAGGGAUUAUCCGCCACCGCCGAUUUGUUCGAUAUAGGGGGCGCCGGUGCUGACGGGACAGAUUUAGAGGGGAUUCUUCAGAAUCUUUCUGGAGCAUCUCAUCUUCCACCAGGGAUCGUGUCAGGUGCUACGGCUUUGGAUUUUGAAACAGGAUUAGGAGCUGGAGUACCAGGACUGGACGUAUCAGAUCCUGGUUUCGACAUCGACGCGGCCCUUGAUGCCAGUGCUGUCGCAGACCCGAGUAUUGCGGGCACUGCCGGAGCCUUUGAUGUCGACUCCACGCUGGGCUUUGACCUCGAUAAUAUCGCCGGUGUAGGAGGUCUCCCUCCUGAAGUUACAGGUGCAGCGGACCUGCUGGCCGUUAGUGGACUGAGCGGGAGUGACGUGUCCGUUGAUAUCGAUAUGCCUGGGACAUCGCAUUCGAAGAUAUGAGCUAGAUUUGCGGACUUAUUUUGAGACAGCUACCAGGCAACUCUUACGUGAAGCGCCUACAGGGUUGAAUGCCGUCUGAGGUGCGAUGAUGGAGAGUAACAAAUGUCAAUGAGCGAAGACUGCGAUCGAAGAUCGAGCAGACACAGUUCUUACGCAUUGGUCGUGCUCUCGAAACUUCCCAAGUGCUUCAAAUAUCGAUGAACGCACACUGACGCAUGAACCAAUUGUUAAACAAAGGCUACAUAAAUGCCCCUAUUUCAGUUACUCUAGGUUAAAUGCUAAAAAGAACAAUUUUUAAUGAAGAGUCAAAAGUUUUCCGGAAUGCAUCGAUUUUACUUUGCCCUCUGCCCAGUUUCACUCUCGCCAGCUCGUUCAAUCGCUUUUUUGCGCGCUUAGGGUAUUUGACGUAUUUUUUUCUAGUUUUCAUCGGCUGCUUGUGAUACUAAACUUCGCUGUGAUUGGCUGCUGUGAUAACUUCGGUUUUGAGUUCUCGUUUUAGAACUUGCGAAAUGCGCUGCUACUCUCAAAACCAAACAGCAAUAAUGUCACUGUAGACGAGUUUAUUGACCCUGGGUUGCAAAGGUUUACAAGAUAUACAACACGAAUGAAGGGUAGAUACACAAAACAACAACUUUCACGGGUUUCACUCGAUUUGUUAAAAAAGAGAUGUCUCAGAAAAAAUAGAAGAACAUUUACAGACUGAUUUGGUUUCUAAGUAUAAAUACAAUAGUACAGAUUAAAUUUAUGGUGCGACGUUUUAAAAUGCUAAGUGUGCUUUAUUAAACGUCCUUGCCACAUGGCAUCUGAACGCACUUUCUAUCGAAAAACUCUUCCAUGCCUUUGCUGCGUUUUAUUUUGAAUCGAAGUCGAAGAAAAAAAAAACAUUUCAGAAACUCCUGGAUGUUAAAUUCUCUAGCUUAAAAAAUUGCAUGUGAACAG